AAAUUAAAUUAUCAAUUGCAAUGGUUAAAAUUUUGGCAUUUCCAUGGACACGCGGUCGGGCUGUUGCAUGUGCAAUUCGCCACGAAGCGGCAAAUAAUUGUAAACAAAAGAACAUCUCUGUUUAUGUUAUGUUAUGGAUACUGAAACACAUAGUAAACGAAGCAAUUUUGUUUGACGAUAAAAUAUGAGCCGGACUAGCAAAAUGUCUACGAUGUGUCGAACCUGCGGCCAGGAGUCUCAGUAUUCAAAAACGCUAUUUGACAAGGACGGCACUGACAUUCUGUUUGACGUGCUGAAACUGACUGGGAUUUUGUUAACUAACAACCCGGGCGCACCCACUCGUAUCUGUAUGUCCUGCCAGCUGGAUCUUAAGGCAGCCAUUGCUUUUCGGCAGCUCUGCAUAAGGACGAACAAAGUAUGGUUCCAGGAACUUGACACUGCGGACAAGGCGACAGAGUUGGAGGGUAGUAAGGAAAAGGACGACAUUAAUUAUAAUACAACAAAAAAGACUGAGGUCUUGGAUCCCUUAUUGAACGAAGAAACUAUCAAGGUGGAGAACCAAUCCCUUCAAUUAGAAGCUGAGUUAAGGGAUUCUAGCAAUCAGCAACUCGAUGGCGUUACAGAGUUAUCUACUAAAAAACCCAAAAAGAGAGGCAGACCAACCAAAGGACAAAGUGAAUCCGUGGUUAUACGGCUGCCCGAAAAGAAAUCGCAAAAAGAAGCGACUAGGAGGAAAUGGGCAAGGGCGAAAAGGAUUCAUGCAAAGGAGCAGGGCCUUUACAUUUGUAGCAACUUUAAUGUUCACCUCACGCGUCAUACAGGCUUGAAGCAGCUCGAAUGCGAGGAGUGCGGUCGCAAGGAAUUCACACUUCACCUUCUUAAACUGCACGUUCGGAUCAAACACCGUGGAGAACUGCCUUAUACAUGCAAAUACUGUGGCCAGCGGUUUGACAACUGCAUCAAGAGAUUGCGACACGAACGUGGACACAAGGAAAGCACCGUCCAUCGGCCGUGCGCCAUUUGUAAGAAGGCCUUUAAGGACAAGAUCGCCCUAAGGUUCCACGCCGUGGUGCACACCGGUGAACAAGCAUUUCACUGUGAGCUCUAAUUAAUUAAUCGGAAGAGCAGCUUGCGAACUCAUUUUCGCUCGAAGCGGCACAUAAAAAGGGCAGAGGAACAGGAAUGUGAACAGGAGCAGAAAAAAGCAUGCGAUCAGGACGAUGCAAUGUAAUCGGAUGAGUAAACCAUUUAAAUAAUUUUAUUUUCUAAUUCGCGUUUUAAAUUCAUGAAUUCGAUCUCGCAUAAACACAAGAAGUGCCUGCCGUC